AAAGCGGCUUGACGAGGAAACGGCGGCGGCCAGCGAAACCCCGGCUUGACGAGGAAACGGCGGCGGUCGUGGCGGCGAAGCGGAGGAUGACCUAGAAGAGGCCAGCGGGAAUAGCAGCAGCACCAGCGGCGACUACAAGGCGGCAGCCGGGGGCGGGAGGAGGAGGAGAGGGUUGUUUGUCUGGCCUUCUUUCUCUCCUCGGUGGGGGUCGGCCGUUUCCGCGGCCUGUCAGCCCAACGGGGGAGAAUGUCGGGCGGCGGCGGCGGCGGCAGUAGUAGCAGCAGUAGUAGUAGCAGCAGCACGACGGCGUCGGAGGGGUCCGGCGGGGCUGGCGGCGGCAGCGAGGACGCCUGCCGCGACUACCAGUCGUCGCUCGAGGACCUGACCUUCAACAGCAAGCCUCACAUCAACAUGCUGACCAUCCUGGCCGAGGAGAACGUGCCCUUCGCCAAGGACAUCGUCUCGCUGAUCGAGGCGCAAAUCGCCAAGGCUCCUUCUAAUGAGAAACUUCCUGUUAUGUACCUUAUGGACUCCAUUGUCAAGAAUGUUGGAAGAGAAUAUCUUGGUGCAUUUUCUAAAAACCUAGUUGCAACAUUUGUUAAUGUUUUUGAAAAGGUGGAUGAAAAUACUAGGAAAAGUUUAUUUAAAUUGCGUUCCACGUGGGAUGAAAUUUUUCCCUUGAAGAAACUCUAUGCUCUCGAUGUCCGGGUGAAUUCAGUAGACCCUGCUUGGCCAAUUAAGCCGCUACCCCCUAAUGUGAAUACUUCUAGCAUCCAUGUGAAUCCUAAGUUUUUAAAUAAAUCGACUGAGGAACCUCCUGCACCUAGCUCUACAGUCUGUUCUCCUGUAUCCUGUUCUGCUGUGUCCUCUACUCCAGUUGUUCCUGAAAUACAAAAGAAUUUGACUCAAGAGCAGCUAAUAAGACAACAGCUACUAGCAAAACAAAAACAGUUGUUAGAACUUCAACAGAAAAAAUUAGAAUUGGAACUAGAGCAGACUAAAGCACAACUGGCAGUUUCCCUUAGCGUUCAACAAACUGGGUCCGGCCUGGGCCCAGCAUCUUCGAAACCACAUGUUCCACCACCAUCUCACAUGCCAGUUAAAGCUUCCCAUCAGGUUUGUCUGCCACCUGAGAAAAACCGCCUGUCUCCCCUCCACGAUGUCAAAGCAGGGAACAGAGAUCCUCGUCUUAAUAGAACAAGUCAACAUUCUUCUCAUUCUAAAGAUCAAAGUCAUAGGAAAGAUUUUGUAAUGAAUCCAGUCAGUCAGCCCGAUCCAAAGACUAGCAAAACCCUACAGGCUGAGAAACAAAAUAUAUCAAAGCCAGAAAAACUAAAACAAAGUGAGAAAUUGCAGAAGAAAGAGUUUGACCAAUUUGAUGCAAAAUUGAAAUCAAAAUCACCAUCUCCUUUGCAAAACAAGCUGCUCCAUGCUAAAGAUACUAGAAACCAAGAAUGUGAGAACACCAGAGUGUCUGAAAUAAGCAAGAGAGAUCCCAGAUUAAAAAAGCAUCUGCUAGAGAAGCCAGAUGGCAAAGAUGAUGAUACAAAAGAAAAGAGAAGAUGUGUGGAGAGAAAAGACAAAGAAGAACAUAGAUCAGUUGGUGGAAGAAAUAAAAUAAUUAAUGGCAUUGUACAAAAGCAAGAUAUCAAUACUGACGAGUCAGAGAAACUGGGUGGAAAGCCAGGAAGGUCAAGUACUAGGAAAAGGUCCCGUUCUCCUAGAUCUCGGUCACCAUCUUCCCAUUCUCCAAAACGACGAGAGAGGAGGUCACCCAAAAGAAGGCUCAGAAGUCUCUCUCCUUCUGGACUUAAAACUGGGAAGCCUCGGCAGUCUGGGCCAAAGCAAUCCCACACAGAGGACUUUGGGCCAGGAAUACGGGAUGAAAGGAGCUCUAAUAAACGGAGCCUUAAACAGGAAGUGAGUUAUUCAAAAAGGCUGAAGAAAGCUCACGAAGACCGAACACAGGAAGGAAUGAACCAGCAUCCUUCAAAAGCAAAUUCGGAACCCAAAGAAAAUGUGGAGAACUGGCAAGGUUCCAAGUCAAGCAAACGGUGGAAGUCUGGUUGGGAAGAAAAUAAAAACCCUCAACUUACUGACGAAUAUCAAGGAUCUUGUAAGUCACCGCAUCAGAGGCACAGGGACACUUGGGCAACUGCUAAAGGAGUGCCAUCACCUCGCACCCCAAAGCAGCAACAUCGAUUAAGUGUGGAUGCUAAUCUUCAGAUUCCCAAAGAAUUGACCUUAGCAAACAAAGGAGAGCUACUUAAGAAGGCCAAUGAGCGCUUGGCAUCUGGUGAAAUAACACAAGAUGACUUCCUUGUUCUGGUUCACCAAAUUCGUCAGCUCUUCCAAUAUCAGGAAGGAAAGCACAGGUGUAACGUGUGGGAUAGUCCCACAGGUGAAAAGGGAAUUUCGAAAAAGAAGCCCCUAUUGUCUGAAUCAGAUUUAAUAUAUCAUGAGCAUAAAGCUACACUAAGAAGAACACAAGUUCAGCGUUCAUUUCCAAGACUCAAUAUGAUGGAUGCUGAAGAAAUUUUAGAUUAUCACUUAAGCGAUGCAUUUCUUUCUGGAAAGGACUGUGAACAAACAAAAAAUAAGUCUGCGAGCCAGUUUGGUGAAAGAUCAAAGCGACAUUCCCCUGUUGGUGGUAACAGACCAUACUCUGAUAAUUCAUCGCAUGAUGGCCGGAGACGACAUGAAGAGCCAAACUCCUCAAAAGGUAUUCGAGAGGAGCAGAGGUCUCCAUUCAAUGAGCAUUACAAGAGAUCAAGAUAUGAAGAUACAGAGAAACAGUUUACUGAGGGUCCAGGAUCACGAUUUGGAGUUACUGAUGGAAAGCAAAGAUUUAGUUCAUUGAUGGAGGAUAGAUCUCAUUUUGAGGGCUCUCCUAGACAUCCUGGCACAAGGGCAGGUGGAGAUGGACAAACAACUCAUUUUGAAGGGACAGCUAAUACAAAUUCUAGAAUUGAAGGACCACAAACACAGGCUAAUUUAAGGUUUGAGGGGUCCCUAGGUCAGCCAACAUCUCAGUUUGAUGGGCCCCCAGGACAGUCCGGAGGAAAAGGCUCUCUGAUAUUUGAUGGACCGCCAGCACAGAUGGGUGGUGGUCCCUUGAGGUUUGAAGGGCCCACAGGGCAAGUUGGUGCAGGGGCUGCUGUACGGUUUGAGGGUCCUAUGGGGCAGCCAGGGGGAGGUAUGAGGUUUGAGGGUCCGACAGGGCAGCAAUCUAUUGGUGGCAUGAGAUUUGAAGGGACCCAUGGUCAACCUUCAGCUGGGAUAAGGUUUGAAGGACCUCAUGGCCACCCAGCCACUGGAAUGAGGUUUGAGGGCCCACAUGAUCAGCCUUCGAGUAGCAUGAGGUUUGAGGGCCAACCUUCAGGUGGAAUGAGGUUUGAAGGGCCACAUGGCCAACCCUCAAGUGGGAUAAGGCUUGAAGGGCUUCAUGAUCGCCCUGUGGGACCUCACGGUCCUCCAGGUGGAUUGAGGUUUGAGGGACCCCAUAGUCAGCCUAUCGGACCUCAUGGUCAACCAGGGGCUGGUCUACGGUUUGAAGGGCCACAUAUGCAGCCAAUGGGACCUCUUGGCCAGCCAGGAGGCAAUUUGCGCUUUGAAGCACCACAUGGGCAGCCUCUGGGGCCGCUUGGGCAGCCAGCAAGCGGUCUGAGGUUUGAGGGGCCACAUGGACAGCCUGUGGGGCCGCAUGGCCAACCUAUGGGGUCACGUGGUCAACCAGGGGUUGGACCCAGAUUUGAGGGGCCUCAUAAUCAGCCUGUGGGGCCACAUGGGCAGCCAGGAAUUGGUCCCAGGUUUGAGGGACCUUCAGUCCAGUCUGGGGGUGGGCUUAGGUUUGAAGGGCCUAUUAACCAAACAGGCCCAAGGUUUGAUGGCUGUCAGUCAAGAUUUGAUGGUCAACCUGCUCAGUCCUCACUUCUGCAAAGACUAGAUGGAUUACAUGUACAACCUGGUCCAAGAUUUGAAAUGGGCCCUACUCAGCAGACACUACCUCGGUUUGAUGGCCCACCAGGACAGCAGGUACAACCACGAAUACCGCAACGGUUUGAAGAUCCUCAACACCAGCAGGCAACACGAUUUGAUAUCCCUCUUGGUCAUCAAGGUCCAAGAAUUGAAAAUGUAGCUAAUCACCCUGCCUCAAGACUCGAAACACCACCUUAUGGACAAACUGGCCCUUACAAUGAAUCUCCGAACCAGCCGCCCUAUAAUGGGCCAUCACAAGGAAUGCCGUUCCAGAGACCUGAGCAAAUCUUUGAUAACCCUCAAGGACCAAACUUCAAUGGGCCACCUGUUUCUGGAGCUCAGGCCUUCCCUAAUACACUUAAUAGGGCACCUGGGCCCCCCUUUUUUGAUGACAAGAACCUCCAGGGCCCUCAGUAUGGAAAUUUCAGUAGUAUGACAGUGGGAAAUGUUCAGCCACCUCAGCAGGUUCCUGUUAUGUCAGUAGCAUCAGCCCAGCCUGUACCUUAUAAUCAAGGACAACCACUCUUACAAGUUCACGCACAAAAUCCCGGAAGCUUUGUUCAAAAUCAACCCGGUAAUGUCCCACUUUCCUAUCCUGAUAAUCAUCUUGGACAACUUGAUGUAAACGAAUUGUACUCAAAACUACUUUCCACAGGAAUCCUCAAAGUUUUACAGACCGAUUCAACUCCAGCACAAGUAAAUGAAGUUUCUACUCAACCACCCCCGGAAGAGGAAGAGGAAGAUCAAGACCAGAAUGAGGAUCAAGAUGUCCCAGACCUAACUAAUUUUGGGAUAGAAGAACUGAAACAGCGUUACGAUAGCGUUAUAAACCGUCUCUAUACCGGCAUUCAGUGUUACUCUUGUGGAAUGAGAUUCACAACUUCGCAGACGGAUGUAUAUGCCGACCACUUGGACUGGCACUAUCGUCAGAACCGCACCGAAAAGGAUGUCAGCAGGAAAGUCACUCACAGAAGAUGGUACUAUAGCUUAACAGACUGGAUAGAGUUUGAAGAAAUUGCUGAUUUAGAGGAGCGUGCAAAGAGUCAGUUCUUUGAAAAAGUGCACGAAGAAGUUGUGUUAAAAACACAAGAAGCUGCUAAGGAAAAGGAAUUUCAAAGUGUCCCUGCAGGCCCAGCUGGAGUAGAUGAGAGCUGUGAAAUCUGCCAGGAGCAAUUUGAGCAAUAUUGGGAUGAGGAAGAGGAGGAGUGGCACCUAAAAAAUGCCAUUCGUGUAGAUGAAAAGAUCUACCAUCCAUCAUGCUACGAAGAUUAUCAAAAGACCUCGUCAUUUGAUUCAACCCCAUCUCCUAGCAAGACACCUGUAGAAAACCCACUAAAUAUUAUGUUAAGUAUUGUCAAGCAAGAAGUACAGGAUUCCUGUAACAGUCCCAAAAUCAAAGAAGAGCCUGAGGAAAAGCCAGGUGAAUGUAUGGAAGGGCAUACACCUGCAUCUGCCGAAAUUAAAACAGAACCUGAAAAGGUUGAGUCAGUGUAAACAAACUGUGUGAUUUUUUUUUAUUACAUAGAAGAGCUACUGUGUUCUAGCUGACUCUAGAAGGCAAAUAAUUUUUAUAUGAAUAAAGUGUUCACCUGGGGCAGGGCCCCAGCUGCUUAUUUGGUUAAUAAAUACAUUUUUGUAUUUGUAUUUGAAUUUCUUAUUGCCUGCACAGUGUCAGGUGUCUAUUGUGUGAAAGUUCUGUAGAUGGCGUACAAAUUUAACAGGAAUAGACUGUAUAUGUAAGAGAAAAUGUACAAUUUUUUCAUUUGUGGAAAUGUAAAUUAUAAAUAAAAGAUAUUUUUGCUAUCUAUGGAGUGUAAUGUUUAUGCACACCAUCCAAUUAAAAAGUAUUUCAGUUUUGGGGGUGUUUUAAAUGGAACUGAACUCAGGCUUCUAGGUUGGCCUUGUGCUUCAAUAGGAUUCUCAGAGGAAAUAACGGAUGGAAUUUUUUUGGUGGAAAGUUUGUUAAGGAGAACAUUACUGUUCCAGAAGAUAUUUCUGCAAACAUUGGAUUAUUUUUCUUAACCUCCAUUCACAUCUAGAUAUUUAAAAAGAAAGCUAGGAGGGUUACAUAACAAAGUAAUAUGUUUGACUUGGGACACGUGCCAACAGUUUUACAGCAACACCCAAGGGUCUACAGAAGCAGAUCCAGAUUUCAUAAUUACCUUUUUCAACUAGUCAAAUACACAAGACCUUAAGUUAGCCGAGCCAAUUUUCUUUAAAUUUUGCAGAGAGAAAUUAAUGUAAGAUUGCUCAAUUGCAAUAUGGUUUAACGUUUUUGUUGGUUUAUAACUUGGGUCUAGACAGUAUAGAGAUUACCAAGAGAUGUUAAUAUUUAUUUCAUGUAAUAAACUAGAAUGAAGCAUA